AUGUCGCAGGGAUCCCAGACGAGGGAAUAUGUUCCUCCCGAGGUCUUUGAGCAGCUGUGGGACAUCUUGGACCAGCCUUUGUGUUCCAUCCAGCCCAUCGACCUGAAUUUCCUGGACGGAGGCCCCCAGGACGGCCCCACCAACAAGAUUGAGAUCAGCAUGGAUUGCAUCCGCAUGCAGGACUCGGAGCUGGGAGACCCCAUGUGGCACAAUUAUUAUGAUUAUUCCUCCUCCUCCUCUUCCUCCUCCUCCUCUUCCUCCUCCUUUUCGCAAUAUUCGACCGAACUGAAGAAGCUCUACUGCCAGAUCGCCAAGACCUGCCCCAUCCAAAUCAAGGUGAUGACCCCCCCACCCCAGGGGGCCGUUAUCCGAGCCAUGCCGGUUUACAAGAAGGCCGAACACGUGACCGAAGUGGUCAAGCGAUGUCCGAAUCACGAACUCAGCCGGGAAUUCAACGAAGGCCAAAUUGCUCCUCCUAGCCAUCUCAUCCGCGUGGAAGGCAACAGCCACGCCCAGUACGUGGAAGACCCCAUCACCGGGAGGCAGAGCGUCCUCGUCCCUUAUGAACCACCCCAGAGAAGCCUGAAGCCUCUGGACCCUUGGGGCAUACCCUCCCUCUGGAUCAAGAGGAGUCCUUCUUUCCUGAUGACCCUUCAGUUGGCCAAGGUCUUCUCUUUCCGGCAGAGCACGCAUGGAAUCCAGAUGACCUCGGUCAAGAAAAGACGCAACCCAGAUGAUGAACUCCUCUAUCUCCCAGUUCGAGGCCGGGAGACCUACGAGAUGCUUCUGAAGAUCAAGGAGUCCCUGGAGCUCAUGCAGUUCCUCCCCCAACACACCAUCGAGACCUACCGGCAGCAGCAGCAGCAGCAGCAGCAGCACCAGCACUUGCUGCAGAAACAAAACUCCCUCCAGGCUCAGCCUUCGUACGGCUCCAGCUCUCCUCCGCUUGGGAAAAUCAGCGGCAUGAACAAGCUGCCCUCGGUCAGCCAACUCAUCAACCCCCAGCAACGCAACACCCUGACCCCCACCAGCAUGCCUGACAGCAUGGGAGCCAACAUUCCGAUGAUGGGAGCCCACAUGACGAUGGCGGGCGACAUGAAUGGGCUCAGCCCCACCCAGACGCUGGCCCCGCCCCUCUCCAUGCCGUCCACUUCCCACUGCACCCCACCUCCGCCCUACCCCACAGACUGCAGCAUCGUCAGGAAGCGCCCGAUUCCUGUCCCUCCCCCGGCUCUCCCGAGCUGGGAUGGUUGCUUUGCAGACGUUUCACGGCCCAGCGAGGAUCUGGUGAGCCUGAAGAUCCCCGAGCAAUUCCGCCAUGCCAUCUGGAAGGGCCUCCUUGACUACCGGCAGCUGCACGACUUCUCCUCGCCUCCGCACCUCCUGCGCACGCCCAGCGGCGCCUCCACGGUCAGCGUGGGCUCCAGCGAGGCCCGGGGCGAGCGGGUGAUCGACGCCGUGCGCUUCACCCUCCGCCAGACCAUCUCCUUCCCUCCCCGCGACGACUGGAGCGACUUCAACUUCGACCUGGAUGCCCGUCGGAACAAGCAGCAGCGCAUCAAAGAGGAAGGGGAGUGAAGCCCCGCCCCACCCCGCUCACACACACACACCCCUCACUCCU